UAGAUGGACAAUGGACAUGCACAUGAACUUAUUAGGAAAUGUUCACCCGUAAAUAUUGCCAUGAAUUGAUUGAUAAGCUUGGAACAGCAUAUCCUGUGAUUGAUACUCUGAAUGCAGGCAGUCCUUAUUGGCCUAUAACUCUAUAAAAUGCGCCUCAUACCAUGCUUGUUCUGUACGAUCAUAUCAUAUCACAUUUAAAAGCCUUGAACUUGAAUUCCAUUUCACAAGAUUAAGAGAGGCAAAAGAAUAGAUGAAAGCCAACAGUUCUACCUUGAUCAAGCUUCUGGUACUCCUGUGCCUAUCAGUACUUUCUGUUUCACAGGACUUCGACUUCUUCUACUUUGUUCAACAGUGGCCAGGAUCAUACUGUGACACAAUGACAAGUUGCUGCUACCCAACAACUGGAAAACCUGCGGCUGAUUUCGGCAUUCAUGGACUUUGGCCCAAUUACAAUGACGGGACAUACCCAAAAAACUGUGAUGCUAGUAGCCCCUACGAUCCAAAAAAGGUUGCAGACCUAAGGAGCGGUAUGCAAAAGAAUUGGCCAACGCUAGCUUGCCCAAGCGGCACUGGAGUAGCCUUCUGGACACAUGAAUGGGAAAAGCAUGGGACGUGCUCCGAGUCUAUUCUUGACCAACAUGGAUACUUCCAAGCAGCUCUCGAUUUGAAAAAGCAAGUUAACCUCCUUCAGGCACUAACAAACGCAGGAAUAAACCCAGAUGGGGGAUCUUACAGCUUGAGCAGUAUCAAGAGUGCUAUACAAGAGGCAGUAGGAUUUACUCCAUGGAUAGAGUGCAAUACUGAUACAUCAAGGAACAGUCAACUUUACCAAAUUUACCUGUGUGUGGAUACUAGUGGAAAAAAUGUCAUUGACUGUCCAGUGUUUCCCAGAGGAAAAUGUGAUUCAGAAAUUGAGUUCCCUUCUUUUUAGAUCCGUAAUUGAGACUAAAUUUAUGUAUUUCCUUUCGUGUCUUGUUUACUGAUAAUCAGUUGAUUAUAGUCUUACCAGUGUAUUUGUUUUCCCAUCAAGUUAAUUCCAAUGUUUUGGAGAGCUGUUAAAAA